GGAAGUGGUUUCUGUACUUACUGCUAGCUUCCCGUUAGCACCGCUGCCAAUAACCAGUGGAAGGAGGAGGGACUCUGUGGACCGCUGCGUUGGUGGAUGCUUUACAGUCAGACGGGGAGACUGAGGACUUGGAGACAAAACACUUUUCUGGAUUUUGAAGGACUUGUGGGCUAAUUACCUCAGACGACAGCACACAGCAUAGAAAAAGAUCGAUAAAUAUGGAGAAUCCUGUGUACUGGGCUAUGGUGGUCUGCAUGACCGUCCUGCUGAUUGAGCAAGGACCCAGUGCAGGAGCCAUACCACACAGUGAUGCAGCUGGGUUGCAGGUCCGCAGCCAAGAGGAUUCUCAGUCCGACAACAAAGUGAUGGACAAUAUCACAGUCCGACAAGGAGAGACGGUCUUUCUCAGGUGUGCACUGGGGGAUGUUGUCACACACACAGCAUGGCUUAAUCGGUCAAGUAUACUGUAUGCUGGAGAAGACAAGUGGUCAAUUGAUCCCAGAGUGAGUUUGGUGACUCUUAAUCAAGAGGAGUUCACCAUCAAGAUUGAAAAUGUGGACAUGACAGAUGAGGGACAGUAUGUGUGUGCAAUCCAGACAAGCAGUCGACCAAGAACCACCUCAGUUCACAUCCUCGUCCAAGUGCCACCAAAAAUCACCAACCUGUCAAGAGAUGUUGUGGUAAAUGAAGGCUCUAACAUCACCUUGAUGUGCCAAGCAAGUGGUAAACCAGAGCCCUCCAUCAGCUGGAAGCUCAUCUCCUCUUCAGGGGACCUGGUGUCAGAUGAUGAAUACUUGGAAAUCCCAUCUAUAUCCAGACAGAGAGCAGGAACGUAUGAAUGCACAGCUGUCAAUGAUAUUGACACAGACGUACAGACUGUAGACAUCACCGUCAACUAUGCUCCAGCUGUGUCAGAGGGCAGAGAUGUUGGAGUGACACUGGGCCAGAGAGGAGUGAUGGAGUGUGAGGCUGAUGCAGUGCCUGAGGCAGAUUUUGAAUGGUACAAAGAUAACAGAAGGAUCUUUAAUGGCUUUGAUGGUAUGGAGAUUGUCAGUACUGGAUUAGGAUCAAAGCUGACCUUCUUUAAUGUGUCUGAUGGAGAUUAUGGCAACUACACCUGCGUUGCCAUCAACACACUUGGGAGCUCAAAUACAAGCUUCCUUCUGUAUGUGGUAGUUGAACCCACUAGCUCAACACUUUUGCAAGGACCGAGAGCAGUUCAAGAUGGCAGCGGCGGUGCAAUGAGAGUGCACUCACACAACUGUCUCCUCUUCAUUAUGAUUCUGUCCUUCCUGCUUAGAUUUUGAAGAUAAAUUGAGUUGAACUCCAGUGUUUUGUGUGUGUGCAUGUGUGCCUGUGUGUGUGUGUGUGUGUGUGUGUGUGUGUGUGUGUGUGUGUGUGUGUGUGUGUGUGUGCUUUUUUUUUUCCAACUGAAACCAUAAACUGAUGCACAUUAAGUGCAUGAUUUAAUCUGCACUGCAUUGAUGUUGACCUACUAAAUAAGUAUGUCAUUGAGUUUUUUCCUGUUUUGUUUUGGGUUUUUUUUUUUUUUUUUUUUUUUUUUGGAGAUUUCAAGGAUGUAACAAAUGUUUCACCUUAUAAUUGAAUUUUGUUGGAUAUUUUUCUCUUUGAAUCAUAUUAUUCUGGAUUGUCUCUUUUUACCUGUGAUUCUAAAAAAAAAAAAAGAUUUUUAAAAUGGUGUCUCUUAUUUUUAAAAAGUGUCUCUUAAUCAAAUGGAUUUGUCUUGAAUUUAACCACACUGAAUAUUCAUGUCUAUUCCAGGAAACAGCAAAUUUAGAGCAAAUAUAAGAAGUGAAUGCUAAAUACCUCAAAGUUAAACUGAAAGAGUCAAACAGAAGGUUGCCCUGAGGCUGAAAACCUGGUAUUAUCAUAUUUUAAUGUGUAAUAAUUAUCCUUUUGUCUGGUUGUUGAAAGCAGAAUUGUAGUAUUUUUGUUCCCACCAUUAUAGUAAUAUAUUUGCACUUGUGCUAUGCUAAUCUUUUUAAUUAUAUUUUUUCAAUUAUGUGUAGUUUUAAAUAUUUUUAAGAACCGGAAAUAUGAACUUGUAAUUAUUUGGGACAAACCUCUUAGUUUCAUCUCUUUGUCAUUUUUUGUUCUUUACUCGUACUGGUUGUAUACAAAAAUGUUGUCAAGAUUAUUAUAAUUAUAAUUAUGUUAGACUUUAAUAUUUACAGAUGGAGGGAAUGUUAGCUACACUUGUAUGGAGUUGACAUCUGACUUAAGUAAUGCAAACCUAUUAAUGCUAUUGAUAUUUGUUUAAUAUCAUACCAUGUACACAUGCUCUAGAAAUUGUUCCUGUUUAUGUUCUAAACCAGCACUGGAGGCUUACAGAACAGUCGUUUUGAGUAGAUUAACACAAAAUAAACUCUUUCUGCAUGUAUUUAGACACAAAUAACCCAAAGACCAUAUACUUCCUGUUUUUCUCAUCACCAAACAAAGACACUGAUUUUUAAGUAUUGUCUUCUCAUUAACUUCAGAGUAAACUAGAGGUCUUCAUGGGUACAAAAAUUUCUGUCUGUGCAAAAAUGUACCACAGUGAAUUAAAGUGGAUUUGCCUAUUCUUUUUAAUAUUGACCUAGACAUAAUAUAGAAAUAACACCUGGGUUAAAUGGAUGAAAACUUAAAAACUUUCUCUAAAAAAAAAGGUCAGAAAAAAUAGGUCAGAAAUACAGAUUUGCAGUCUUAAGAGUUCCUUUUUCAUUGACAACCUGAGGAAAUUAUUCACUACCAAACAAUAGUAACUUGAAGCAUACAUUGUUUCAUCAUUAUCUAUAAAUUAAACUAUAAUACACAAAGUGAAGAUCAUAUUACACUGAAGAUGUGUUGAAAGUAGGAACUGAGACCAUAAUCUUUUAAGAAAAAGGUUGAAUUAGCCAACAUUUUGCAGUAAAGACUUUCAGACUUCUGUUGAUUUGGACUUUACAAAUUAAGCAUUUAUCCUAUUAGAAUGAAGGCAGAUUUAAGGUACUUUUGCUGCCAAUUCACGAUUUAUACUUAUAGGCUAAGACCCAUCUUUAAUAUUUUGUCUAUUAUCCAGUCCUAUACAGAUCUACUGACAUGGGUAGACUCAUGAAGACCUUUAGAGUAAAUGUGUUGUCUUUUGACACGAGUAAAAUGCAAAAUCAUUGAUACUCUUAAACCAAAAUGUACAGUAUAGGAGUCAGAUUGUGAGAUGUGGGUUGGAAGAUUUAAUAAUUUUAGACUUUACUGUAGAGUGUGCAAGCCAACUGCAAUAACUGAGACUGAUUAAAGGUCUCAGCAAAUAGGCCACAACAAUUCUUAUCACCUGAUAUAUAACUUGCAUUACCAGAAAAGCAGAAAAAAACAGAAAACCAGAAAAUCACGUUUCAUUAUGGACAAACAUCAGUGCAGGCAGAGUGUCACAGGCAGCAAACAAUCAGCAGACCUCCUUUACCAUAUUUCAUUGUGAGCAUGAGAAUUUUAUGCAACAAUCUGUAACCUCUCACAAAAUGACAGGAAGAAUUAAAGCUGGUAAUUUCACUCUUUCAUAUCUCUCACUUUGAAAAGAGAUUUGUACCAAUUGCCAGACUGCACUCAGGCCCCCCUCCCAAGUAAAUGUAUUGUCUUUUAACAUGGGUAUGCUUUUUUGUUAUUUGGUGACAAUAACAAAAAAUUUACAUCUGGUGUUGAACUACUGGCUUUUGUAAUGAGAAGGACUGUUUUAAGACAUUGUGCAUCCCUUGCAAAAUGCUGUUUGUUUUUACUGUCAGUUUCUAUGAGAGUUUUGCAUUUGAAGGUUCCCAUUAACACUGCAACAAACAAGAACAGUGAAUUAAAACAAAUUACUAUGUCUGUUUAUUGAUGGGAGAUGUUGCCUUUCUUAUCUUCUGAAAGUUAUUUCUAAAUCAGACCUAAAAGGAGGAAAGGGUACAUAAAAGCAAUGACCUCUGUUCUUUUAAUAUACAUUUUUUGCCCCUUUUCUCAAUCUUUUCCCUCUGGCUUAUGUCAGCACCACUGAGGUCCUAGUCCACCAUCCACAUUACCUACCUAUAUUUUUCUUUUCUUUCCAUGUUUUUUGGGGAUAACAUCCCUUUUACUCCUUUAUGUGAAAACAAGAGCCAACAUCCAAAUCAAAGAGGCAUGAAACAGGUCGUUUUAGAAACUGAUCAGGAUAAUCAUCACCUGAAUCUGACAGGCUAAUCAUUGUUUGUUUUCACAUAUCAGAGAGAGGGAGGGACAGAGCGAGACUGCAAAACAAUAUUUAUCUCUAGCACUCCAAUGUUUGGAAAUGACAUGGUAAUUAUUCCAUCCUGGGUUUAAAGAAGGCACUACCAAUCACACGUCUAUACUACACAGUCAUUUUAUGACAAGAUUCACCACAUUUAAAAUGGACUCACAUCAGAUCACCUCCUAGGGAAGUUUUUGCAGGGAUAGAUUCAAUACUACCUAUUAGCACAUGUUUAUCAUCUAGCCAGAUUAUUUAAUGGUGCAGCAAUAAACACCUGAAAGUCUUAUUUAGAUAUUCCUUUACAUGUGUUGCUAAGUGUGAGCAAGUAUAUGUGAGUACUUGCUCACACUUAGUAGCACAUGUAGAGUUUGAUCACUAUCUCACAAGGUGGCCGAAACUGUGAGAAUUAAAAAUAUGACUUUAGAACUCUAUAAUUUUUAAUGUCAAACACAAAUGUUUAUGAUUUUGCAGUAAGCUCUCUCACCAUGGAUAAAAUUUUGCAAAUUGCUUAACACUGAGCUAAGAAUGUGAUAAAAAUCUUGAUGCAUUCUUAAUCAUCCAGGUAAGGAAAUCUCAAAAAGUUGAUUCUGUUCAUCUGGACUUAACGCUUUCAGGGGGAGAAAUGUUUCGUCAGUCAUCCAAAUGACUUCUUCAGUUUUAGCUGACUACAGGAUGCGGGUGGCCCCCCCACCUUCUUCAAAUCAAACAAAAUUGAUGGCAAACAUUUGUGCUGGUUUGUGCUGCUUUUCGUUUGUAAUGCUUUUGUUUUUAAGAACAUUAUUGAAAGUUUCAAGGCCUGAUGAGUUAGCUCUUCUGUGUUGUGCCAUCUACUUUGCUAGAGAUUGUUUGGUUUCCCUGAUGAAUAAAUCAUGGCAAUUCUUCUGGCACUUAGCAGUGUUCACUACAUUACUCUGUUUGUAUCUGGUGAUUUGAUCCUUGGGGUAGACCAAUUUUUGGCGCAGUGCUUUUUUGGGGGGUUGAAAGCUAAAGAGACGUGGUGUUUAGAAAAAAGGCGUCUCAACUGUUCUGAUACUCCUGACACAUAGGAUCACUGCUGUAUCUGUGGGGAUGGUGUUCACUCUAUGUUGUACCAUCCUGAUGACACCCAGUUUUUGCUUAGUGGAUGAUGAGAGUUAAACCUUAAAUACUGAUCCAUAUGCGUAGGUAGACAGUAAACAUCAAUUUUAAUGUCCCCCAUUACUGAUGAAAAUCUUACAGUGUAAGAAGGCUAGUCUGUCAUUUUUCAUAUCCUCCCUGGGCAACUUGAUGUGUUUGUCUACCAAGUUAAUGUGAUCAGUGAAUUGUGGUACAUCCUGAGAUUGUCAUCCACAUACCUGAGCCAAUGACUUGGUGGUUUUCCUUACCUGGAUGCAUCAAGACAUUUUAACCCACUUUGGCAAAGACUGCCGAAAGCUAGUACAUGAGUACGAGCAAACAGCACGUAAGAUAGCUGACUCCAGGAACCACCUAAGAUUCAGCCUCAGAUGCAGACAAAACAGGAUUACUCCUAAAAUUCUGCCAAUGAGAUCUUACGUUCAAGGCCUCCAAGAAACAAAAAUCCCCCAGAAGGCACAGAACACAACUUUUUGGGAAUGAUAAGUAUCAUCCAUGAUCAGAGGAUGACAUAGAGAAGAGUCAAUGCCUGUCAGAUCAUUGUUGGAAAUCCGACUGGAUUAUAUUUUCUAAAGCUUUCGUGUUGGUCUGAGAUGUACAAAGCUAAGAGUAAAAGGUAAUUUUAAUUUCAUUGUUCUCAAAUCCCUGCUGUUCCAAACACAGAAAAGGGAAAAGCAUGUGGAGGAAACCUAUGCAUGCUGCCUCUUUACGGGCUUAUUUUGGAUUUUUUUAAGCUUUUUGUAUUACCUAGUGACAGUGUUCUUGAUGCAUUAUGGACAUUGUUAGCCUCAAGGUUAGACAAGCUGACUUGCAGAGCAGUUAAAUAAAGACAGUCACAUUGCAUGUUGCGAGGCAGUGUAAUGAUUUGUGCCACACAACACAGCUAAUUUCCCAUUUACUGCACAUUUAGUUGAGAAACCAAAACAAAAUCUUUCUUUGUCCUCAUGUUAUUCUUGACUAGAUUUGCUUUAAUUCAAAUUCAGUUGUAAUGAAACUUUUAAUGUUUCACUUUAAUGUGACUACUAUGGUUCAAGGGUUCGUGCUGAAAUAGAAAUUGCAUGUGUUUUGGACAACCUUCCUGCUAACCUUACUCCAGGCGUAUUUAUAUUCAUCUUUGCAGACUAUUUUGAUUGUUUAAGUCUUUGAACAGCUUCAUGAUGUUUCUGUCUGCAGGUUUCUAUUUUGGAAUAACAGCAUUUUGAUUGUUUCCUGUAAUACAGCCACAGGCAGCACUGGCUAACAGUGAAGAAUCAUAGCUACAUAAGCUUGAUACUUUGAUAAUUUUCAUUCCUUGGACAUUAAAAGGAACUACACUAGUUUGAAAUACAUCAGAAUUUUCCUUUAAGUAAGGAGACAGAAGUCUGACCUUGUGUGAUGAUUACAGUGUUUUGCUAAAUGUCAUUUUUUAUAAAUAAAAUAGAGUUAAAUUGAAAUUUAAUUUAAGAAAUCAUUCCUUUUAGCAAUUAAAAGUCAAAAACUGAUUGUGAAAGAUUGCACUAUUACAUUAAGUUUUUAGAAAAUAAUUUUAAAUAUUAUCAUUUUUUUGUCUUGUCACUCUUUGCCCUGUAUCUUUUCUUUCCCCUCACCCCAAACCAGCCAUGGCAGAUGGCAACCCUUCCCUGAGUCUGGUUCUGUCACAGAUUUCUUUCUGUUAAAAGGAAGUUUUUCCAUCCCACUGUCAAGAAGUGCUUGCACUUAGGGGGUUGGCAGAUUGGUGAGGUUUUCCCUUUAAUGUUGUAGGGACUCUACAUUAUACAGUAUAAAGCACCUUGAGAUGAUUGUGGUAGUUGUUAUGCUUCGGCGCUAUGUAAAUGGAACUAAACUGAAACGGGUUGAAUUAAAAUUGAUUCUUUUUCCACAUGCUAUAGACUUUCAGCAACUGCACAUAAUAUGCAUCUCUUUCAAGUAAACUCAACACAGCAGGAGCUGACAUACCUAUUUCAAUAGGAAAUAAGCAACCACAAGAAACAAUUAAUCUCUCAGACAAAUUGAAGGCAGGCAUAUUGUAUUUUUUUGUGUCUGUACUAUGUUAUUAGAGCAAUGACUCCCAAUUCCCACCAAGCAUCACUUUUAAAACAAUUAUAUGCAAGUCCUAAUCAAGCCAAGCUUAUGACAAAAUCCAGGCGAAUGAGCAGAGGAUCUUAGAAACACACCAGCAUUCAUUUAUGAAAAUGCACUGAGAAGUGCUGGAUACACAUAAUUUUUCUGUUUCUGUAUAACUCCAGUGAGCCAGUUCUGAAUCACAGCCCAUGAACAUUUGUAUUUUGGAAGCAUUGCAUGUUUAUGUUUAUAUGACCAAUUUCAUUGUCUGUGCAGGGAUUGCAGGACUCACUCUCUCUAUCACUCUAUCAGUCUGUGUUUCUUUUCUUUUUCCCAUAUGUGAAAAGCAGGGGAGCAGCCUUUAAGGUUGCGCCUUAAGAAAAGUGAAUAAACAUGUAAUGGACCUACCAGAGAGAAGCAUUAAUUUCAGGUGUUUUGCAACAUUUGUUUGGUUUGCUUUGGUGUCAGGAAGAGACCGCUUUUGAAUGUGUACUUUGAACACAAGAAGUCAAACAUUUGUCUCAGCUGCCAGGAGAUUAUCUUAGCAGAUGCAUGACAUUGUCUCACAAUAUGUUGGGAUUCAUUUUUGGAUUAUUUACAUGAGCAAAAUUCUACCCUAUGUCUAGCUACAUGGUCAUUGGGCUCUUCUUCAGAUUGGUUUGUUCAAAGAGUGGAGCGAGACAUCAACCUACUUGAUGCUCCGCAUUGUAAAAAAUUGUUGGUCAUAUGUAUUUUAUUGAUGAAAAGUGUGUGCUCAUAUUUAAGGCUGACAGUAAUAAAAUGUUGUCUCUUAA